GAUACGAUUCGUUAAUUGCAAUUCUGAAGUAAAGUAUUCUUUUUUGAUUUAGUUUAAGUUAGAAAAAGUGAGCUUCAAGUUCACGCUUGUAAAGGUGUCAGUUGCAGCUCACUCUCGCCAUGUUCUCUCUUCUCGCGCUCUUUGUGUGUUGCUCUAUAAUUUUGGGAUUUAUAAAAAGAUAAAAUUGAAUGCAGAGGUUCUCUUGCUGUGAAGAGUUGGUUCGGUUUUCGGAUUAGGGAUUUCGUUUGAUGCUGAGAAGAAGAUGGAGGAGAUGCGUAGAGGCGUGCCUACGUGGCAGGACGAGUUAGCAAGUCUCAUGGACGGUGGAUUACAAUACGACGACGGAUCUCCGAUCCCUCUGACGCCGGGUUCUGAAUCAAGGUCAAAGAGCCCGACUUUCGGGUCGGUAGAUGGAUCCGGGUCUGGAUCCGAAUCGGUGGAGAGUUUGAAGGAUCAAGUGACGGGGUUUAUCAAGUCAUGGGGAGAAAUGCUUCUGGAUCUCGCCAUCGGGUGCAAGGACGUUGUGCAGCAGACUCUGGUGAGUGAAGACUCGGUCGUCGUGCGUAAGCUCCGAAAACCAGCUGCCAAGGUUGCAAAGAAGCUAAGCUUUCUUAACGAGUUGUUGCCUGAGGAUCGUGAUCCGGUACAUGCCUGGCCUGUCAUUGUCUUCGUCUUCCUCAUAGCUCUCGCAGUAUUAAGUUUUAGUUCAGAGCAUGAGAAAUCCGUCCCCGUGUUGAAGAAAAUCCGUUUGCAUCCUCCCGGUGCAAGCCGUGUACAGCUUCCAGAUGGUAGAUAUUUAGCUUACCAGGAGCUUGGUGUUUCAGCUGACAGAGCUAGAUACUCUUUAAUUGUGCCUCAUUCAUUUCUUUCCUCUCGACUGGCAGGAAUACCUGGAGUCAAAGAAUCAUUGCUGGAGGAAUAUGGUGUCCGUUUAGUGUCAUAUGAUCUUCCAGGGUUUGGAGAAAGCGAUCCUCAUCGCGCUCGGAACCUUAGCUCAUCUGCCUCAGAUAUGAUUGACCUAGCUGCUGCUCUCGGGAUUGUUGAUAAGUUCUGGUUACUCGGCUAUUCCAGUGGUAGCAUGCAUGCCUGGGCUGCUAUGAGAUAUUUUCCUGACAGGAUAGCUGGAGUAGCCAUGUUAGCUCCUAUGAUCAGUCCAUACGAGCCAAGCAUGACCAAGGAAGAAAUGGCGAAAACGUGGGAGCAGUGGCUACGAAAGAGGAAAUUCAUAUACUUUUUAGCACGUCGGUGGCCAAGUCUUCUUCCUUUCUUCUACCGCAGGUCCUUUCUCUCCGGUAAUCUCGAGCCAAUGGAUCAGUGGAUGUCAAUAUCAUUAGGAGAGAAGGACAAACAUGUAAUCACGGAUCCAGUUUUUGAAGAUCUUUACCAAAGGAAUUUGGAAGAGUCGGUACGCCAAGGAACUGCAAAACCAUUUGUAGAAGAAGCCGUGUUGCAUGUAUCAAACUGGGGCUUUAAUCUUCCUGAGUUCAGCAUGCGGAAGAAGUGUAAAACCAACGGUGUCCUUUCUUGGCUAAUGUCAAUGUACAGCGAAUCAGAAUGUGAACUGAUCGGGUUUGGAAAACCCAUACACAUAUGGCAGGGUAUGGACGACCGAGUCACACCACCUUCAGUGACCGAUUACAUUAGCCGAGUCAUACCAGAAGCAACGGUACAUAGACUCCCAAACGAAGGCCACUUCUCUUACUUCUUUUUCUGCGAUGAGUGCCACAAGCAGAUCUUCUCUGCUCUAUUUAGACAACCUCAGGGUCCAAUAGAAUUAUCGGAACAAAGAACUGAAACCCAUAAACAACCGGAGAUCGGUUUAUCCGACACUAGCACUACCAAAGAGUAAGUAAACAGAGGUUAUAAAAGAACUAUAGAAACACGUUGUUCUUCGUCUUCGUUCCAUCAUGAAGAACUGUGUAAAUAACACCAAGAGGAUGCUUUCUUUCUUUUUCUUUGUUGUUGUUGAAAAGUUUAGAUUUGAUAUAGAUUGUAAACGAAGCAGACUUCAUUUGUGAUCACGUUUAGCACUACAAUGAGUGCAAGUGAAAAUAACUUUUUACUGA